UAUUAUUUUAAAGUGUAAAAAAACUAAUUUAUAAUUUUUAUUAAAAUAAAAUAAAUAAAACGCCAUAUUAAAUUAUAACAAUUAUAAUAUUACACCCUUAUAAAAGUAUUAACGAUUAUAAGUAGGCUUUAAAAUUUCUCUUUUGUCUCUGGUAUUUCUGUUUAAUAUUCCCCGCCAUAGAUUAUGUACUGUAGAACCUUGGACUACUAACUAACUACUAAUCUAAACAUGCACUCUCUUAAAGUAGAGAGAGAGAGAGAGAGAGAGAGAUUGGCCUUGCAAUAGCUUUUGGCCUUUUGUGUGCUUUUGUCCAACCCCCAGUGAGAAAAUAAAAAGUAACAGAUAGCAAAAGAGAACAGUGACUAUAGGUACUUCUUAUAAGAACAAGAACAACUAGAAGAACCACUCAAAAACCCCACAUCCUCUCUCUUUCUCAUCUCUCUCUCUCUCUCCCCUUUCUUUCCCUCCUUGAGAACUAAUUUCUACCAUCUAAUCUUGGUAAUAUGGACAAUCAGCGCAACCCUCUUCUUGGUGUUAGCUGGGCUUACUACUGCCAUGGAAAGAAUGUUGAAGAUGAGUUGAGGAGUUCCCUUUGUUAUGCAAAACUAGAGCUCGAUCAGACAAGGGUAGCAUUACAAGAUGAGCUAAGAAAGAAAGACGAUCAACUAAGUCAUCUCAGAGAUCUGCUUAACAAAACCAUCAGAGAAAAGGAUGAAGUCCAGGAAAAAUGCCGAAGACUCAUUUGGGAGAAACUCCUGCUUCAGCAACAGCAACAGCAAACAGCUCCUCUUUCAGGAAUUUCCAGCAUUGAUGAUGAGCCCAGAAGAGGAAUUGACUCUAACAAUGGCUUCUCUUCUUCAGAUUGUGAAGAAAGCAUAGUCUCCUCUCCAGUGAUGGACCAAAUUCACCAAACCCAGUUGCCAUCACCACCAGCUCCAGCUCCAGCUCCACCUUCCAUUUCAGAGGCAGCCCUGGACCUAGUCUCUGACAAAUCAUUACCUGAAAAGGGAAAGCUUUUGCAGGCUGUGAUGAAAGCUGGACCACUUCUUCAGACCCUUCUCUUGGCUGGGCCUCUUCCUCAGUGGAGACACCCACCACCGCCAUUGGAGUCCUUUGAGAUCCCACCAGUGACCAUUCCUUCACCACCACCACCACCACCACCAACAACAACUACAACACAAGUAAUAUUCCACCAAGAUUCCCUCAUUAACAACUUUAAUGGCUGCAGCAACGCCAUUACCAACUGCGGCAGAGUCAACAGGAAAAGGGUCCUCUGUGAUGGGUCUGAUUCUCCAACAGAAGCCAAGUACCAAAGAAUUGUGCUUCACUGACUCAUAUUUCUGCUAUUACAAAGUAAUCAUUUUUUUACUUCCCAAUUCUACUAUAGGUUUGAUAGUUACAGUUUUAAUACAACGAAAAAGAGAGGUUAGUAAGGCUAAUUAAAAAAAUAUAUAUAUUAAGUUGGGGUAUUUUGACUGAUAAUCUAGCAUUUUGUACAGAGGUUUGUUCUAGUGAACCAAUCCCAAAUUAACUCAGUGAGAUGAGUAAAAGAAAGGAAAGGUUGUUUCAUAUCAUUCAGGCCCUUCUUGAAGCGGUUGUUGUGUGGGGAUUUUGUCUCUCCUUUUAUUUAUUUAUUUUUCCUUUCACAUUUUAGUAUUUUGCUCCUAGAUGUGAAACGGGGUCCCUUGAUUUUUCCAACAACAUAGUUGUGGACUGUAAAGAGGAAAAAAUGUAACUUUUUUUUUUUUUUGUAUUACUAGUUUAGUAGUAUGCAAGAGUUUGUUGUGUUGUGUAUCUAUGCAAUGUUGAAAGAAAGUGACAGAAUCACUUCUAAACAUUAAGAAAAAUAGGUGUGGAGUUGUUGGGUUUGGAAGAUUGGUGUGGGUGAGGCCAUCAAACAUAAGAGCUUUUGUUUUGAGGGGGCCUUUGAGCUUGUCGGGUUGAGUGGAUCCCACAAAUCAGAAUCAGGAUCUGAUUACUGGUGUGAUGUAUGAUUAUAUUUAUAUAAUUUCUUUUUCUCUAUUUUUGAGGGGAAGUUGUGAUUAUAUACAUUUAAGUCUCUAAACCA